AUGGCGACAGCCCGUCAGCGCCAGGGAAAUGCCAAAAACACUUUCCAGAUUCACGACGACGGAAUAAAACAGGAAGAGUCAAUGGAGGAAGAGGGUACCGAGAAUGAGGAAUCCAGAGCCGAGGAUGAUGAUGUGCAAGAUGAAGGGUAUUCGGAUGAAUCCGAAGAAAGUGAUGAUGUUGUUGAUGCUGCUACUGCAGAGGACAUGGCGAAAUUCGAAGCAACUUUCAAGGUUUACAAAGCAGAGGAUCUCUUAUAUGAACAUUACGAUAAUGAUUGGGAUAUUGAAGAGAGAGAGCAUUCAACAUGGACGUCACCACCUGUGAAGAAGAGAACGGGUGGAAUUCGAGAAGUUCUAGACGAAUACAAUCAACAGCGCCGUAGGCGGAAAUAUGUUGCUAUAAAGAAGAUUUAUGUCACCAGCAGUCCAACCCGGAUCCUCAACGAGCUCGAACUUCUCAACGAUCUUCGAGGCUGCGAUUCUGUAUGUCCGCUCAUUACAGCUUUCAGGCAUACAGAUCAAGUCGUUGCUGUCUUACCAUACUUCAGGCAUACGGAUUUCAGGGAAUAUUUUAGGAAGAUGAAGGUCUCAGAAAUGCAGGUAUACUUCCGGUCACUCUUCACCGCUUUAAAAGCGGUUCAUGCUCAGGGCAUUCUUCAUCGAGAUAUCAAACCAACGAAUUUCCUUUACGAACCGGAUAGAAAAAGGGGUGUACUUGUGGACUUUGGUUUGGCAGAACGAGAAGAAGCGGAUUGCCAAUCAUGUUUGUGUACAAGAGACUAUGACGUACGCAAGAGGAAGUUGGAGCAUAGCGCGGCCAUUCAAAAUUUGCCAUCAGUCGGCUAUCCAAAACAUGACAGUCGACCAUCAAGGCGGGCGAAUCGUGCUGGGACCCGUGGAUUUCGAGCUCCUGAAGUGCUUUUUAAGUGUCAAGAGCAAAGAACGAAAAUCGACAUUUGGUCUGCUGGGGUCAUACUUUUGACGAUACUUUCAAAACGCUUCCCGUUCUUCAAUUCAGCGGACGAUGUCGAGGCCAUGAUUGAGAUUGCUACCAUAUUCGGGGCCAAGAGAAUGAAAAGUUGCGCGCAUCUACAUGGAACGAUAUUCGAGACAAACAUUCCUACUAUUGGUCAGGCUGGAUUCGCACUCGAGAAGAUUAUUUUAUGGUCAACAUGUAGGAAUGAUGCAGGGCCAGACGGGGCGGAGCAGCCAUUGACUAAGGAGGAGAAGUUAGCUGUGGAGUUCUUGGAGCGCUGUUUGGAGCUCAAUCCACACAAGCGUAUCAGCGCGGAAGACGCUUUAAAUCACCCAUUCCUUUUGGAAGAAACACGACAUGAAUUCAAGGACGAAGAUUAUGAUGAGGAUGAAUUAAGUAUGAUUCAAGCUUAA